GAAAAUAAUUAUAAUAUCGCUGCUAAAUAAAAAGAAGGCAGGGCAGUUCCCGUAGGAGGCGCCGUAGGAGAGCCGACGUCCCGUAGGAUGGCUACGGAGAACCUGAAGGUCGCCGUCAGGGUGCGGCCAUUCAACACGCGCGAGUUGCAGCGCAAGGCGAAAUGCAUCGUCCAGAUGGAGGGCAAGAAGACCGGCCUCACCAACCCUGACGACCCCAACGAUGUCAAGACCUUCACCUACGACCACAGCUACUGGAGCUUCGAUGGCUGCAGGGAGCGCAAGGACGGCUACAUGGAGAAGGACCCCAGCCACCCGAACGCCUCCAAGUAUGCCGACCAGAUGUCGGUGUAUGCUGACCUGGGCAAGGGUAUCCUGGACAGCGCCUGGCAGGGCUACAACGCCACGCUCUUCGCUUAUGGCCAGACGGGGUCCGGCAAGAGCUGGUCCGUCAUCGGCUACGAGCCCAACAAAGGCAUUGUGCCGCUGCUGUGCGAGGACAUCUUCAAGGGCAUCAAAGAGAAGGGCGCGGCCGUGCAGUGCGAGGUGCAGUUCUCCAUGCUGGAGAUCUACAACGAGGUCGUCAGAGACCUGCUGCAGCCCAAGCAGGGCAAGGGCGGCCUCAAGAUCAGGGAACAUCCCAAGCGCGGCUUCUACGCCGAGGGCCUCAAGACAACUAUGGUGACGAGCUACGAGGACAUGAACCAGAAGAUGCAGCAGGGAACCAUCAACCGAACCAUCGCGUCGACCAACAUGAACGCGACCUCGUCUCGAGCCCAUACCAUCGUCGGCAUCAAGUUCAUCCAGAAGAGCAAGAACGCAACGAACGUCGAGACCGCCAAGACGGCAACCAUCAACCUCGUCGACCUGGCCGGCAGUGAGCGAGUGGAAGCUACAGGCGCCACAGGCGACCGCCUCAAGGAGGGCGCGAGCAUCAACCUGUCCCUGACGAAGCUGGGGGACUGCAUCCACGCCCUUGCCGAGCAGUCGAACGGCAAGAAGAAUGUCCGCGUCCCCUUCAGGAGCUCUACCCUCACUAAGCUCCUCAGGAACGCCCUCGGUGGUAACAGCAAGACCGUCAUGAUAGCCGCCAUCUCCCCGGCUGAUAUCAACUUCGACGAGACCAUCUCUACUCUCAGGUACGCUGACAGGGCCAAGCAGAUCAAGACUACGGCGAUCGUCAACGAAGAUCCUGUAGAGAAGCUGAUUCGCGAGCUGAAAGAGGAGAACGAUGCGCUGAAACGUCAGCUUCAGACUGGCCAGAUCAACCCCGCUGACUUUGUGGACGCUGACAACGACGGCAUAAAUGAUAAAGACAUGGCCAAGAUGAAGGCCAAGUGGGAGGAGGAGAUGCGGGCGCGCAUGCUGCAAAAUGACAAGGAGAUGAUAGAGAUGAAGAAGUCCUAUGAGGAGAAGCUGAAGGCCCAGAAGAAGGACAUUGCGGAUCCCUCCAUGAAGAAGAAGGAAGAAGAGCGCCUCAAGAAGCCUCACCUCUACAACCUCAACCCCGACCCCAUCCUGUCGGGGAAGGUUGUGCACAUCCUCAAGGCCGGGGCCACCACCAUCGGCAACCGUAAAGGCGACCCCAGUGACAUCACCAUGGUGGGACCGGGGAUUCAGGAGCAGCAUGCCGUUAUAACGGUUACGCAGAAGAACGAAGUUAACCUGAAGCCGACCACGUCUGAUUGUCGGGUGCUGGUCAACGGCACCUUGCUGGUGGGGGAGGCGACGCUCACCCACAACGACAGACUGAUGAUCGGCAGCACGCAGCUGUGGGUGUUCCAGCACCCCGCCACCAAGCCACCCACCGCUAAGGGUGCCAAGAAGGUGCCGGAGGUCACCUACGAGUACGCCAGGGAGGAGAUAGCCGCCAAGUCCGGCCUCAACAUCGGGGGUGAUACCGAUCUGGGUGCGCUGCAGGACGAGCUGCUGCAGGUGAUGCCGAUGGUGGAGGAGGCCAACAGCAUCUCGGAGGAGCUGGACAAGCGCGUCAAGUUCGAGAUCAUGUUGGUGGCGCCGGAGGUGAUAGGCGCCCAGGGCAAGGGCAAGACCCAGAUCCACGUCAAGAUGAAGAACCUGGAGAACGGCACGGAGUUCGUGUGGCCGCAGGAGAAAUUCAGGGACCGCCUCUACCAGAUGAAGGAGAUGUACGAGCACUACGAGGACGAGGACGAGUGGGAGCGUCCUGAGGACGAGGAUCCGUUCCAGGAGAGCCUGGAGACUGAGGUGCACAUGGGGACGGUGAUGGUGGUGCUGCAGCCCAUCGCCCACAAGAUGGACUUGGACGAGCCCUUCACCAUCACCAACAUCAAGGGCGCCGAAGUGGGCGUCAUGAACGUCGCCAUCGUCCCGUGUGACGGCCACGGCAAGGAGUUCACUGACGACGACAACGUCUUCGUCGACGAGCCCGACGACCUCAUCGGCCAGAACCUCCACUUCAAGUUUAAGAUCAAGAGCUGCCGGGGCCUGCCCAGCCGCUAUAAGGACAUGUACUGCUCGUACUCCAUGUACCUGGACAAGGAGGUUGUAGCCACCAAGAAAGUGAGCAACACAACCAACCCGGAGUUCAACCACGAAAAGCAGUUCGACUUCAAGCCCGUUACAGCCCAGCUGGUAGACUACCUGCGUAACGGUAGUCUGGUGGUGCGCGUGAUGGGCAAGCAGCAGCUGCGUGGGUCCGCGGUGCCCCCCAACGUAGGCAACCUCUCCACCAAGGACCUCCUCCGCAAGGACCAGACCGUCUUCAGCAGGUCGGCGACGCAGUUCAACCUGGACGGCGGUGUGGUUGACCCUAACAAGCAGUCGAUGGUCGUGGAGCUUCUCAUGAUGAAGAAAACCCAGGCCCGCCUGCAGCAGAAAAUUGACGCGGUGCGCAAGCUGGUGAAGGAGGCGGAGAUGGUGUCCUGCGUGAAGGUGUCCACCAGCGCCCUGAAGGACGUCCUGAACAGCUCCUCCAGCAACCAGGCCGACCAGAUCAUACGCAAGCACCUGCAAGAUCCUAACUUCAAGGGCGGUUCCGACUACGGCCCGGGCGGCAGAAAAGCUCAGAGCUCAUCCAUCUGUGUCCUGCUCUGAGUAACUAGUGGCUAGUUUAACUAGUGACUAGUGUAACU